GAAAGGGCGGGCUUUGCCCCUUCCAGCAUGGGUGUACUCUCACAUGGCAUGGCCACGGCGACGAGACCAGACAUGGGUGAGAUAGAAAACCAGCAAUCUAAACCCAAAGUUAGCGAUGCUAAGGGGAUCCUAAAGCAAAACAGGGAGUUCCUCGACUUCUUCUGGGACAUCGCAAAGCCGGAUCAGGAAGUGCGGCUGAAAGCGAUCGAUAGCUUAGUUCAGCAUUUGAAAAAAAGCAAAAAGCCAGAUGAGCUGAAGUAUACAUUGAAAAGGCUGGUGGGAGGCUUGGCACACACGCAAGAAACAGCCCGGCCUGGUUUCAGUUUGGCUCUGGCCCAGGUCCUGUCCAUGUUUGAGGAGGUCCCACUGCAGUCAGUACUGGACCAAGUCAAAGAAACGCAUGACCUGCAAAAAACAAAGACUAAGCUGUUCAGAAAUGCUGUGUUUGGCUCCUUCUUCGGCGUACUGGCCUUGUCCCAGUCAGCCCGUCUUCCGAAGGAGCCCCAGAUCCUGCUCCAGUGUAUCCAGUUGCUUCAGCAACUGGCCCGAUACAGAGAACACCUGAAGGAUCUGCCCAAGAAAACCAUGGUUGACAUCUUAUCUGAGACCAGCGAGGAGGUGUUCGAUGAGGUACUGCUGGGCGCUCUACAGACUGACCUUUCUUCAGCGUAUAGCACCCCAGAGCAGCUACAGCUCCUACUGGUGGCCAUGCAGAGGUUUCCCGGCUUGUUCAAGCCCAAGAAACUCAAGAAGUUGCUAGGAACGUCGACCAUAAUUACGAAGGACUCCGUCCCAAGGCUGGUCGAAGUUUUGAAGGUGGCUGGCCGCUCUAUGAAGAAGGAGAAGCAGCUCCCCCCAGUGGCCCUGGAUCUGCUCCAGGUGUCCCUACGGGAGAACACCUUCGACCUCUUCUGGAAAGACGUGGUGGUCAACGGGCUGCUGACAGACCAAUCAGGAUUCAACAGCUUCCUGUGUUACCGGCUGCUGGGGGCGGUGCUGCCUUCGCUGUCCCUCCCACAGCUACGCCAGGUGCUGUCUGGAGAGGUGAUGCAGCAUUAUGGAGAGCAUGUCGUUACUGCCCAGCUUCCAGGCCACUUCAAAUUUGCACCGGAGAUGGAGGCCUACGUGGAGGAUUUCCUGAAAGAGUGCCCGCACUCUGAGAAGCAGCUGGCGGUUGUGGUAGCCUUCUCCACACUCACCAACCAGGGCUACCCGGUAGUGCCCAGCGCCUGGAGGGUCGUGCAGCACCUGCAGCCGGCCGCUCUGCAGAGCUACGUGGACUGGCUGAAGGAGAUGUUUUGCCGGCCGAAGUUGGAGGCCUGCCUGGACUUCUCCACCCGUCGGCAGCAGAAGACGCAGGAGGCGGCAGACCACAGCAAGCAGAGUGUGUUCCGCCUGCGCAAGUGGAUUGUUCCACGGCUCACGUCCAUCGUAGAGAACGUCCACGUGAAGAAAGAGGAGGACCUGGUUAUGGACGUUGCCAGGUUCGUCUUCUUCCAUGCAUUCUUCGCUGCCAAGAAGCCCACCCCCGACAUACCUGAAACAGAGACGACCAUCUCAGAGCCCCUAGAUGAGAAGACCCGCGAGAUUGUAGUCAACUCCUUUUUUGGCCUCCUGCAGUACCUCAACCACAUGCCCUCGCUGGGGGAGUCACUGGAGACGGCUGCUCCCAAUGAGAAGCGGACCUGGGGUGUCACAGCUGACGGCACUCUGUGGAUCUACUGCUUGGUCCAAUACGCUGAUGUGCUCCUAAGCCAGACCAAGUACGCCUGCUGCGUCAGGCCGCUAACAGCCCAGCAGAAGGAGGCCUGGAACAGCAUGCUGGAGUCCGUGGAAGCCCUCCGGAAGAAGGCGAAAGCCAAGAAGCUCCAGGCGGGCGAGGCGGCAGCCUUCCAGCAGCUAUUCCUGCUCAUGGGGAUGUACCUCUUCAAGGCGCCAGAGGAGAGUGUGGACUUGUUGCGGGAUCUGCAGAAUUGUGUGGAGAAAGCUCAAGAGAAGAAGGCAACGAAGAAGGAAAGGACUGUCGUCAGCAGCGAAGGGGGCGCUGAGGAGCAGGACCAGCCUCACUGGGUGGAGGUGAUGGUCGAGAUCCUGCUCUCGCUCCUGUCUCAGCCCAGUCGUCUCAUUAGGCAAGUGUGCAACUCCGUGUUUGGGAGGAUCUGUCCCUACGUCACCCAGGGAGCCCUGAACGCCAUCUUGGAAGUUCUGGAUCCAAAUAGGGAUGAUGAGGAUGGUGCUAUAGUCAUAACUGAUGAAAAAGAGAAGAACAUGCCGGAUGAGGAUUUGGACAAAGAGAGUGAGGGACAAGACUCAUCUGAUAAGAACUCUGAAGAGUCUGACAAGGAUGAUGAUGAUGAUGAUGAUGAGGAUGAUGAUGAUGAUGAUGAUGAUGACGACGACAAUGAUGACGAUGAUAAUGAGGAGGAAGAGCCAGAAGUUGACCAGAAUUUUCGCAUUGAGCUCAUGAAGGUUCUUCAGGGUCAGCAUGCCCUGCCCAACGAAGAGGAUGAAAGUGAGGAAGAAGAGCUGGAUGACGAGGCCAUGAUGAAGCUAGAUGGGAACAUCGCUGCACUCUUCUCCGAGCAGAAGAAGAAAAUCCAAGCAAAGAAAGAUGAAAAAGAUAAACUUCGCAAAGAGAAGACGCUCGUGAGGGACUUUAAGAUCAAGGUGCUGGACCUCGUGGAGAUCUUCUUGACCAAGCAGGCAGAAAGCCCGCUAGUGCUGGGCAUCAUCGAGCCACUGUUGAACGUCCUUGAGAACGCCAUGAGUUCAGAGACCAGCCAGCAGGAGGAGGAGUUCCUCCGCAAGACCGCAGAUACAUUCAGGAAUCAGCUCUGCAAGGGGAAGCGAUAUUGCAAGAACAUUUCGGAGAGGAAGGACGAGCUCCAUGCCAUGUUGGAGAGGGUGCUGAGCAGGGCGCAGAAACUCUCCGAAUCUUCCCUGUCUCUCUACUACUUCAGUGCGUCUCUAUACCUGGUGAAGGUGCUCAGAGGGCCUCCCCCAGUGGCCAUGGGUCUCGAGAAGGAGGCCAUGCCUGCACAUGAGGCUGAGGCCAUGGGCAGUGUUGAUGUGGAGAGGGUGACCUCCAUCUACGAGGGGGCGCUGCGCUCCUUCAUGACUCACAGGAAGAGCGCCCUUACAGGCAGCAUGUUCGCCGACCUGUUUGUUCGCUUCCCGGUGUUGUGUGUCCGUCUCCUGGACACCGCUGUGGAGUACAUUGCAGAGGGUGUGAGGUAUCAUCAGCAGGGUGAGGCCUGCAACAUGGUGCUGCGGGGUCUGCAAACUCGCGAGGUGCAGCAGCUGCUAGCCGAGAGCCGGUGGUCAGAGGUGUGCGAGCGGAUGCUGGACCGAGUUGUGGAGAGCCUGAGGGCCAUUAAAGGCUUCCAGAUGAAGGCGGUCCAAGAGAAGGUUCAGAAAGCUCUGGAGCUCAGUCGUUUCCUUGUCAGAAAUAUUCAGCAAAAGAAACUGAAUGUGAACCUGGAGCCACUUAAGAAGGUCCUGCUCCCCAUGAACAAGUUCGAGGGCUUCCGCAAGACGGGGCAACUUGAGGACACCUACUGGAGCGUCCUGAAGCUUUUCGGAGUCCUCAAACCCAAGGUUGAGAAGAAGAAGAGGAAGAAGGCGGAAGACGUGGAGGACAGCAGUGCCCCGGAGCAGCAGAGUGCCCCCAAGAAGAGUAAGGGCUCCCUGCCCGACUCCAAGAAGAGGAAGAACCGCAAGAAGCCAGGGACCCAGGAAGGGAAGGCACCAGAGCCAAGGACACCGGAGGUGGGGGUGCCAGGAGCAGGCCAGCAGGGGGGCAAGAAAAACAAAAAGAAAAACAAGAAGAGGAAGCUGGAGGUCGCCGUGGCGUCGGCCCCGUCUCCUGCCAAGAAGGCCAAGGCGCAGCCUCCCGGCGCUAAACCGGAGAAGAAGAGGAAGGAGAAGAGAAAGCAGGGAGGCGAUCCGUAAAGCCGGCCGCUGUGGACGCUGUCAGAGACUCCGUCAAAACGGAAGCCAUCUACCUGCUUCUCAUUAACCUUUGUCAGAGACGACCCGCAUAUCGACAGGCCUGCUGCAUUUUACAGUGUGAUUACAGCCUUGAUUCUGAUUAGUUUUUUUUUUUUUUUUAAAGAAUGUUUCUCAUAAGAUUUCACUCUUUUAUAUAAAUACAGUUUGAUGUUUUUCCCCCCAGAAAAACUGCUUAGGUUGCGCACAUGAUUUGUUUGACCGAUUUAUUUAAGGUAUUCACGUAAUUAGCUGAAGUGACGGCUAACACAUGUUAUCAUAAAACAGAAUCCUGUUCGUAGUUCUAUGUGUGCAGGUGGUUUUAGUUUGACUGGACCUCCACAAAUGCCACGACUCGGACUGCCUGCGUCAGGACAGUUCCGGAAGCGGAUCGUAACAGAACUAUGUCUUAACCUCGGCUAUCCCUGUUCUGUGUUCUUCACUGCUUGUCAUACUUGAAUUGUUUCAUCUUCCAGGUGUGCAGUCGUGACCUGGCAGGAAAUCUAUCUAAAUUUUCGUGACAAACUUUUACAUGAUGGUAUUAUGCUGUUAUUUUCCAUUAUAAAUUAACCUUGGAAAAUCUCUUGGGGGUUCAGCUCCAUACUAUGAGAAGCUUAAAAUGUCUAGAGAUAAUGAUUCAUUAGUAAACCCCAUUACUUCACAGAGGUUUUACAGAGAUUUCUACCGAACUUGAUGCAUUUCAGCCAGAAAAGUAACAUGAUCAGACUGUACGCCAGGCAUUUCAGAAAUGCCUUUAGAUGAAGAAUGACUAUCCGUACCUCUGUGUGCCUGUUAAGCAAGCUGCAGGGGGUUCUGGUGGCUUGUAGCUGUUUCAGGACCAGCUUCUGAAAGAUCUUCAUGAAGUGUAAAGUGUUUAAGGGCAAGUGUCCUUUGCAACAGGGAUGGUUCCACCAGGCCCAGCAGUUCAGGCUAUGUGGAGCUCAGCUGGUCAGGGUAGCCUAAGAGGUUUGGGGUGGAUACCUUACUUGUGACGUCCUUAGUGGGAAGUCGCAGGGAAGUGUGAACCAGUAAGGGGUCUGAGACCCCCCCCACCCCACCCCAGCCAGCACAUUGAGCCUGAUGGUGUUGGAGGAGGGCCCAAUUGGCACAUGAAAGUAAAACGGUGACAGUUUAGUGAUCACUUUAGGGAAGUUCUCCUUUCAUCUACCCCUUCUUGCUCACCAUGACAAACAUGUAGGUUAGAGCAAGCUUGGCAGUGAAGGGCAACCACCGGCAGUGGAGGGCAACCACCGGCAGUGGAGGGCAACCACCGGCAGUGGAGGGCAACCACCGGCAGUGGCACCCAUGGAGCUAGGGGUUAAGGGCCCAAAGAUACGUGACCAUUCUGUUGAGGCUGUGCUUGAGCCAGCAACUUUCUGUCUGCAGGCACAGAGGCUUAGCCUGCUGCUGGGAACUGUGGUCAAGAACAACACAGACAGAGCUAAUGACCUAAAUUUGUGACUCAGUAGGCUAAGCCUCUAUGCCUGUAGUCAGAAGGUUGUUGGUUCAAGCCUAGUCCUAGCAGGAUGUGGGACAAUGGUUGUCACAAGCAGGUUGGAAACCUGGUGAUGAAGAGGAGCACAGACAGUUAAUGAUUAUAAUUUGUUUUUCAAAUGACACAAAAUAUGUAUCAUUUAUAUCGCUUAAAAAACAGAUUUUGAUCAUUAAUUUGACUGCAAGGUUUCCAGCCUGCUUGUGACAGCCUUUGUCCCACAUCCUGCUAGGACUAGGCUUGAACCAACAACCUUCUAAUCACAAGCCCAGAGGCUUAGCCUGCUGAGCCACAGGCUCCCCCCCCCCCCCAAAAAAAAAAAAAAAAAAAAACAGAUUUAGGUUAUUAGCUCUGGCUCUGUUUCUCUUGGUCCCCAGCCAGCUUGAUGGCCCUUGUCCAACUCCACACCACCUUCCUGCUGUCUUACUGCUGCUCAUGUCAGCUUGUCCUUGUCCCAGUAUGUCCCCCACAGAGCCUCGUAUUCGGUUCCCCCUGCGCCCGCUUCAUUUUCCUCCUUGUCUCCACACCUGGACACCCUAUUCUUUGUGUUCAGGACAUUCUUCUGGUCCUUUCCAAGGUUUGUCAUGGAGAACUCAGCACAAACUGUGUGUGAACUGUGUUACUCACACAGAAGUGGAUGUAGUCUGUGAUACAGUCCCUCAGUGUCCAUCCCAUGUCAGAAACACAGUGUGACUCAGUCUGUAUACUGUAAACCACUUCUUCACGGUCCUGGUGGUAACAUGUAGUGAAUGAUUUUGAAUAGGGGGUUCAGACUCUGGUCAGAGCUAGUGGUGGCCAAA